CAAUGCCAUCUUCCAGCAAGGCGGGGACAGCAGCACGUGACGCAGGGAUCGGCGGCCGCCAUCUUUAGUAAGGGCAAAGCGUGUGAUGGGAAUAGUGGGGGUGGGGGUGACAUUGGAGGUGGUUUCCUCCUCCAUCCCCAGCCUGAUGCAACGUGUGUGCGGUGCGGCAGGUGUCAGACGUCCGCCCGGCCGGUGCGCCCUCCCCGCAUGGCUGCCCCAUCCAGCCCGGAGGCCGCACUCCCAUCCUCUCCGGCCCAUCCCUGGUCCCAGCUUCUCAGGCACGUCCAGUACGAGAACCUGGUGGCCGGCCUGAGCGGGGGCGUCAUCUCCACCCUGGUGCUGCACCCGCUGGACCUAGUCAAGAUCCGCUUUGCAGUGAGCGAUGGCUUGGAGCUCCGACCUAAGUACAAUGGUAUAUUGCACUGCAUGUCCACCGUGUGGAGACAGGAAGGACUACGCGGCCUCUAUCAGGGGGUUACUCCUAAUAUAUGGGGAGCUGGGGCGUCCUGGGGACUUUACUUCUUCUUUUACAGUGCUAUCAAAGCGUACAAGAAGGAAGGUAGGGCAGAGAACCUCACAGCGACUGAGCACCUCCUGUCGGCUGCUGGUGCCGGUGCCCUAACGUUGUGUUUUACAAACCCAAUAUGGGUUACAAAGACUCGUCUUGUUCUUCAGUAUGACGCUGGCGUUGACCCUUCCAAGCGUCAGUACCGGGGAAUGUUCCAUGCUCUGGCUAAGAUCUAUAGACAAGAAGGGAUCCCCGGGCUAUACAAGGGUUUCGUGCCCGGCCUAUUGGGAACAUCACACGGUGCCCUUCAGUUCAUGGCAUACGAGGAGUUAAAGAUGGAAUACAAUAAGCACCUUAAUAAGCCCAGUGAUGCUAAACUGAACACUCUGGAAUACAUCACGGUGGCAGCGCUGUCAAAGAUAUUUGCAGUGAUGACUACUUAUCCUUAUCAAGUAGUACGCGCUCGUCUACAGGAUCAGCACAACCGCUAUGCGGGGGUUAUCGAUGUUAUCAGCAGGACUUGGCGGAAAGAAGGUGUCCAUGGAUUCUACAAAGGAAUUGUUCCCAAUGUUCUCCGAGUCACUCCCGCCUGCUGUAUCACCUUUGUAGUAUAUGAAAAUGUCUCUCACUUCCUAUUGGGUCUGCGGAAUCCGGGGAAUAAGUAACAUAUACCGCCUGUCCUUGGGACUCUUGGUGUCUGCGGAGACGGUGGACACGUCAGAGAGAGAACCGUGUCCUGUACGGAUCUUAUUCAGGGUUAUGUCUCUAUACAGUACCUGUGUGAGAGCAGGUUGUGGUUUUAUUUAUUACAUGUUUAUGUAUAUUGCUUCUACAGUUGUAUGUGCAAGCAAGUAAUACUUUCUUUUUAUUUUUUUGUCACGACCUGGAAUUUGACAUUUACAUUUUUAUGUAACGCGUUUCUAGUUGUAUUUACUUUACAGCGUCUACAUUUCAAAGUGUAAAAAAAAUAUGACAAAGAAAAGUGAAAGUUAUUUUUUUUAAAAA